AUGUCAGCUGCCCUCUCCAAGUCUGUGAAAAAAAAAAGUUUGUUAACUGGCUUCUCUUGCACAACUCUUAAUCGGCUUUCCACACCACGGCUUUUGCACCGAAGGGUAAACGUCAACCAGACCGAUGCCGUCGCAGAACAACGCAGCAAACGCCUCGAGAAGUGGCUCAAAGUCUACUCAAGUAGCAUCGGUGGGAUCGCGCUGCUCAGUCUCACCGUGCUCGCCCUUGCUGCUACCAGUUUGGCACAAAAAUCGCAGACAGUCAAUGCGCUGAGAGGUAUCCUGGCGUGGAACAUUGUUCUGCGAUACGGCAAAUCCGCAGCGACCGUCGUCGCCGCACCGUUCAUGGCCAAGCAUGCUGCCGGGACACACCCGGUGCUUCUCAGCUUUGCGCACCUGUUUGCUAUCGGCCUGUGGGGGUCUGCCUUUGCUCCUAUCUUAACCGUUGGCUUGUGGUCUGGAAAAGAGGCCCAGUUCCGGCGGCGCUUUGAGGUCGGGCCAACCAGCGACGUGAUCCAAGGCGCAAUCGAUGGCGGACCGCUUCUGGGAUGUAUGAUCGGGGGUAUUGUAAACACAUUGCUAUUACUGUUUCAGGGUAUAUGGUUCUGCCUAGUACGCGCGCACUGUUGA